AUGGUGGGUUCUGGUGGUGGCAAUGGCGGCUAUGGUGGCAAAGGAUGGGAAGUCGGCAGUGGGAGCAGAGUUAGGAGCGGCGCCAUUGGAGAGAUGAACGCCGGUGAGGGAGUAUUGAUUGUGCUGCUAGAGAAGUGCUCUGACGAUGAAGAUCCAUGGGCGAUGAUGGUGGGUUCUGGUGGUGGCAAUGGCGGCUAUGGUGGCAAAGGAUGGGAAGUCGGCAGUGGGAGCAGAGUUAGGAGCGGCGCCAUUGGAGAGAUGAACGCCGGUGAGGGAGUAUUGAUUGUGCUGCUAGAGAAG